AUGAGAGACUUGAAACGAUCUGUGGCACCUUCAUCCGCAAUCUCAUCUUCAAAGUUAAAAUUAGGAAUGGCAACCUCGAUCAGUUCCAUGAACACUUUAUACUGGAGACGACCAACUUCCUGGAUUGACAGGUACAAUGAUGAGCGGGGCCUGAAGAUCCAUCUUACAAUUGAUGGUUUUAUGCUCUUCAAAUGCGUAUUGAAGACCAAUUCGGGUCUGUUUCGUGAAAUCCUGAAUUGUCGAUUCGGCAGCAUUCAUGAGCAUUCCAAUGGUGUCCAAAUGGAUCUUUGGAGGUGUGAAGAAUCGAGCAAUGGAUUCGAUGAACUUUGGGUUAUGAAAAAUCGUCAUACUAUUCAUCUUGGCAAGCAAUGCAGAGUCCGCGGACUCGUCUAA